AUGGAUUCUCGUGAUUCUACAUUAGAUAACGCAAGUGUUGAUUCUGAAAAAGUUAGAUCCUUUGGUGAUGCUUUAGCAGAACAACAACAACAAUUACCACAACACAAUUUAGCUAUACAUAGAACUAGAAGUAUAAUAGAAAAGAUUCGUUCUCAUGAAUCUCAAGAAGAUCAAGAAGAAUUAAAAAGAUUAGUCACCAACAAUAAAGGGGUUGAAAGAAUUAUAUCUGAUUUACAAGAAGGUAUUGGUGCUUUAGGUCCUCUUGAACAAGCUUAUGAUAUUAAAAAAAUUGAAACCCAUCCAGACCCACUUUCAGAUUUUAAUGAAGCUGAUCCUUGGAAAUAUCCCCUUGAUUCAGAAUCUGGUUUAAGAAUUGUUGAAUGGGUACCACAAGAUAAACAAAGUCCCAAAAAUAUUUCAAGAGCUCUUAAAUGGACUUAUACUGGUUUAUUAGGAGCAAUUUGUUUCGUCGUUGCCCUUGGUUCUGCAAUCGUCACUGGGGAUUUAGAAAGACCUGCUGAACAUUUUGGUGUUUCUAUGGAAGUUAUUAUUUUAUCAUCAGUUACUGUUUUCGUUAUUGGUUUCGGUGUCGGUCCCUUAGUCUUUGCUCCAAUGUCAGAAGAAGUUGGUAGAAAACCAAUUUAUGUAGCAACAUUAGCGGUGGCUUUAGUUUUCAUUGUUCCUUGUGGUGCUGCCCAAAAUAUUGGUACUUUACUCGUUUGUCGUUUAAUUGAUGGUAUUGCCUUUAGUGCUCCAAUGACUCUUAUUGGUGGUUCUUUAGCUGAUAUUUGGGAAGGUCCAGAACGUGGUACUGCUAUGGCUAUCUUCUCAGCUGCUCCAUUCUUAGGUCCAGUCUGUGGUCCUAUCUUUGGUGGUCUUCUUGCUGAUCAUGCUCCUACUUGGAGAUGGAUCUACUGGACGUUCUUAAUCAUUGCUGGUUUCUUUUAUAUUGUUUUCAUUAGUAUUGUCCCAGAAACUCAUCAUGGUAUUUUAUUAAAAAAGAGAGCUAAGAAAUUAAGAAAAGAAACUGGUGAUUCAAGAUAUAGAACUUUAAGUGAAUUACAGAUUAGGACUUUUAAUGAAGUUGCAAAAACUUCCCUUUUAAGACCAUUUAUUUUAUUACGUGAAUUAAUUGUCUUUUUAAUGACUAUGUAUAUGUCUGUUGUUUAUGGUUUACUUUAUAUGUUCUUCUUUGCUUAUCCAAUGGUUUUCCAAGAAGGUAAAGGAUUCUCAGCUUCUUUAACUGGUGUUAUGUUUAUUCCAAUUGGUGGUGGUGUUAUUUUAGCUACUUGUGCUGCUCCGUUCUUUAAUGCUGAUUAUAAUAGAAGAGCUCAAGUAUACAGAGAUAGAGGAGAACUCCCACCAGCUGAAUUAAGAUUGAUUCCAAUGAUGAUCGGAUGUUGGUUUGUUCCAGUAUCACUUUUCGCAUUUGCUUGGUCUUCAUACCCAACUAUUUCUUGGGCUGGUCCAUGUUUCGCAGGUUUAGGUGCUGGUUUCGGUUUCUGUACAUUAUAUAAUCCAGCUAAUAAUUAUAUUGUUGAUUCUUAUCAACAUUAUGCUGCAAGUGCUUUAGCAGCAAAGACAUUUGUCAGAUCAAUUUGGGGUGCAUGUGUUCCAUUAUUUACAAUUCAAAUGUAUCACAGAUUAGGUUAUGAAUGGGCAUCAACUUUAAUGGCUUUUAUUUCCUUAGGAUGUUGUUUAAUUCCAUUCUUAUUUUACAGAUAUGGUGCUAAGAUUAGAACUUAUUCCAAAUAUGCUUAUGCNCUUAUGCACCACCUGCCGGAACUAAAGCUCCAGAUGUGGAACAAGAUUACGGACAUUAAAGAUUAUAAUUGUUUAAAGAAAUCUUGUUUAUACUCAUAUACCCUUACCUUUCCUCCCCCACCACUCCCCCAUUUGCAUUUAGAAUUUUUGAUUAUUAUAUAA